CCAACCGGUUUGCGUUUUAUUGGAUUCACAUCGAGGUGAUGACACAGUGAUGAAGAAUCUAUUGGCGUUUCGGACAUAUGGAAUGCUCCGAAUAAUAAGAUCGAUAACCUUCGUGAUAUUUUCACUGAUUUUAUUCUAUACACUACAUACCGUGGUUUCAAAUGACAGAGCUGAUGAACGAAUCGAUAAAAAAGUCACAACAGCUUUCGAUGAAGGCGCACUGGAACACAGGAGAAGACAGGUGUUAUCUAGAGUAAUUUCCAAACACCCAUGGUUCGAACGAACGUCGUACCACCCAAACUACUUCAUAUAUAGAGGGCGCAUUGAGGACUAUGACACAGCGUCUCACAACAACACCAUGGUAUUCCUGCAUCACCAGAAAGCCGGCGGAUCAACUGUUAAAAUAUGUCUGAAAAAAAUCAGGGGAAAGGACAGAAAAAAGGUGCCUAGAUGUGUCGGAAUCUACGAUAAGAACGGGGCGGACCAUAUUGAGAAUGAAAUAAUCAUUGGUAGAGGAGACAAGAAAUGUUACGUAGGGGAGAACGCGUUUGGUGUUUGUGAUGAUUUUCAUAACAACAAGUGUUCGUAUUUCACCAUGCUGCGGGACCCAUACGAGCGCGUCAUAUCCAGCUACGAGUAUUGCAGGAUGAACGUUGUAGACCCGUUGUGUGAGGGCGCCAAUCCUACAACCUCGACACUCAAACAAUGGGCAUUACUGCAAGGUAGUUACUUUUUCAGACAACUUCUGUAUAACCCAACAAAACUCUGCGCAAACUUCUCAGAUGACGUUGUCAAUUCUCAUGGUUCCUAUGACGACCAAUCUGAUGUGGUCUCGUUUCCUUUAUCGGCACCGUGUUGGUACCGACAAAAAAUUUACCUGGAAGGGGUUCUGGACAGGGCAGAGAAGGAGGCCUUACUCGAAUAUGUCUUGGGGAAUUUAAAGAAGUGGUUUGCGGUGAUCGGAGUUACUGAAGAUUUUGCUAUGUCGUUGAAACUUUUACAAAAAGUGUACGGUCUGCCGUUCUAUGAUCAAUGUAAUAGUCUUGUUACAUACCAGUCUGACUAUAAAGGAAAAGGAGAUCGAGAUCGAAUUAUAAAAAAUUUGAAAAAACAACUUGAAGCGGACUCCGAUGUUUCCCAAGCACUUCAUUAUGAUCUUAAAAUUUAUCAAAAAGCAAUGGAAAUAUUUAUUGAACAGAAAGAAAUCUAUUCAAAAAUGUCCUGA